AUGGAAAGCGAAGUUGAAUUAGUGGAUGUUCCGAGUGACCCUGAGUCUGUAGAUAAUUUAUGUGAUUCGGAUUCAGAAACCGAAAAUGAUGUCUGUCUUUCUCAAAGAGCAAAAGGUGCGUUAAAUAUUCCUUCCUUCCUUCCACAUAGCCUUGUGGAAACAAUAAUAAAAGAAACAAAUUUAUAUGCCCAACAGAAGAAUGCUCAACAGGAGCCUGUGACAAAAAAAGAAUUUCUCACAUACCUAGGAAUCAAUGCGCUGAUGGGUAUAAAGAAAUUACCUUCUUAUCGGGAUUACUGGUCGUCUAAUCCGCAGUUACAUGACGCAUAUAUAUCCCCUCUAAUGUCAGUAAAUCGGUUCGGUUUCUUUCUCAGUCACUUAGAUCUAAAUAACAACAAUAAUGAGCCCAAGAAAGGUGACCCAAAUUACGAUAAACUUUACAAAUUGAGACCUAUGAUCGAUACGCUCAAUGAGACAUUCAAAACCUGUUAUAAUCCAGGGAAAUAUUAG